GAACAGCGCCGGAGCCGUGGUCCAGGCGGGUGACGCGAACCCCUGCAGGCGGUUGCCGGCAAGAGAAGGGAGCAUCGACCUUUCCUUCAUCAGGCCCAAGAUGCCUCUCUUUGGGAAUACGUUCAGUCCCAAGAAGACGCCCCCUCGGAAGUCCGCUUCUCUCUCCAACCUGCAUAAUCUGGAUCGGUCAACCCGGGAGGUGGAGCUGGGCCUCGACUAUGGAACCCCCACCAUGAACCUGGCGGGGCAAAGCCUGAAGUUUGAAAACGGCCAGUGGAUAGCAGAGGCAGGGAUUAGUGGCGGUGUGGACAGAAGGGAGGCCCAGCGCCUCCGCAGGCGGAACCAGCAGUUGGAGGAAGAGAACAAUCUCUUGCGGCUAAAGGUGGACAUCCUACUGGACAUGCUGUCCGAGACCACCGCCGAGUCCCACUUAAUGGAGAAAGAAUUGGAGGAGCUGAAGAGCGUCAGCCGCAGGAGGAAAUGAGCCCCUGAAGAUACUUGUU